AUGUUCUUAAAAACACUUUGUUUUUGUAUCAAAAUUAUAGAACAUACGACCCAAAAUGAUGAUGAUGAUGAUGAUGAUGAUGAUGAUGAUGAUGAUGAUGAUGAUGAUGAUGAUGAUGAUGAUGAUGAUGAUGAUGAUGAUGAUGAUGAUGAUGAUGAUGAUGAUGAUGAUGAUGAUGAUGAUGAUGAUGAUGAUGAUGAUGAUGAUGAUGAUGAUGAUGAUGAUGAUGAUGAUGAUGAUGAUGAUGAUGAUGAUGAUGAUGAUGAUGAUGAUGAUGAUGAUGAUGAUGAUGAUGAUGAUGAUGAUGAUGAUGAUGAUGAUGAUGAUGAUGAUGAUGAUGAUGAUGAUGAUGAUGAUGAUGAUAUGAAUUAA